AUGACGGAUGUACCCUCGGCGCUUGGUGAUGCCAUGGAUAUCUCGCAGUCGUCUGCGGUUGUGAUCCUCAACACCCUUGUGGAGGAGGGGCGUCUAAUCGAGGAGCGAUCGGAGUACCUGAAGCAGAAGUUCAAGGAGAUUCAUAAUCGUGUGCUGGCGGUGUACAAACGGGACAACUUCCUGCUGAAGCGUGCCCGACAGCUACGGAAGGAACUGGAAUCACAAAAGGAACAAAUUAUAGUACGGGGUAACAAUGCUCGUGAGGACGAUGCGGAAAUCCAGCGACUGAAGAAACUGCUGCUAGAGGCGGAGACAGAGUUGUCCGAUGCCCAGGAGCGGGAAAGUAUUCUUCAGGUAGAGGCAUUGGAGUUUGAUCGUAAGAAGCACACAAUGUUACUUGAGCGCGAGGACGCUCUUGCUGCUGAGGAGGCGCGUCUGCGUCCCCGAAUGGAGGCCAUUCAAGCGGAGAUGUCUGCGAUGGGAAAAGAAGUUGAGGAAAUGGCGGCGGAGAUGACUAACGUUGUGUCCAAGCGUGAAGAUAUACUGGCCCAGGAGGCAGAGUGCAAGGAGGAGCUGGCGCGCUGGAGUACAGUCAUGGCAGAUGCUGCAAAGCAACUUUCUAACGUCGAGAAUGCCCCUGAACGCGCCAUUCGACAGACACAGCUAGUCGUGAAAAGUUAUCAGGCAGCCCAGAUUGAACUGGGUGCCUUGGAUGACAAACUCCAAGUUCAAAGCGACAUAAUUUCAAAACUGGAGCUGAAGAAAAAUACACGUAACACGGAUUAUGUCCAGGCGCUGGCAAACUUACAAAAGCUUAAAGCUCAACUUGAAUCCAAACGCACCACGCUUGCCACGCUGAACACUUCACUAGAAAUGGAAUUGGAAGCACGUCAGGGAUAUCAACAACGCAUUGCGCAAUUGGAGCAACUUAUUCAGACCACAAACGUUGCUCGAGAAAAGGAGAUUGGGGAAGUUGAACAUGUACGUCGGGAAAAAGAACGUGUUGGUAUGGAAUACAUGGAGUUAGAGCAUACGGUUUCAAAAAUCAUCAGAGAUCAAAAUGAAGUCAAGAAUAACAUUGUGAGUGCCAAGAAAAGAUUGGAACGUGUGCAGAACAAACGCAAACAAAAUACUCAACGCAUUCGGGAGACUCAGCGGGAACUGGAACAGCGACAACGAGCUUUCAUAAAAGAACAGAAUCGUGGGAAGGAAUUUGUCACGAAGGCAGAGUCCAUAAGAGAAGAUAUCGAAGCCAUUAAAGGCGAAAUUGCCGAACGGGCUUUACAAGAGGAAGCAAAGCAUCGUGAGACCCAAGCACUCGUUCUUCGGCGGCAGGAACUCAACCGUGACUGCGGAAGGGAAAAUAGCCGAAUAGCAAUAGGGAAGAACGAGCUGCGUAUGAAGGGGAUGUACGUGAAUGACGUACGCAAGAGGAAAGAGGAACUGGAGCAGCGAUUGAGCGCCAUGAUGGAUGUGUUUCAAAAGAUCAAGACGGAACGUGGCCAGAAGGCUGCACAAAUUCAGGCCAUCACGCAGAAAAUGACCGAAAUGUCUGAGAAAAAGAAAAUUGUUGAAAAUGAGCUUGUUGUUCUUUGCCGCGAGUCUGCUUUAAAAGAAACGGAGUUGGUAAAGAAAAAACGUCAGGUGCAAGAACUUCGUCAGGUGUGCAAGAACCUCCGUAUGGAAAAAAAUCGACAACGUAAGUCUUUGGAGAAGGCGUUUGAGGAUGAACGAAACGUCAAGAUUAAUGUGCAACGGACGAACGCACAGAUUGCGGAUCUUGAACAGGAGAUGAAUGGUGUGAAGCUGAGAUACCAUGACCUAAUUGAGAAACGCAACUAUGCCGGGGUCCAAGUACUUGACCGCAAUGAUGAACUCUGCGUGCUGUAUGAACGGGUAAAUGCGCAAGAAAAGGCCAUAAAUAAUGGUGUUCUCAUGAACAAUGCCCGUGAUGAGGAAAUACGUACACUACGAAUUAAGCUUGCCGAUCUUUGCCGUGAGGUGGACGUAGUUCGACAAUCUAUUCCAAAAGUAAAGGAGUUGGAGGAGCAGCUGGCGAAGCUAACAGAUGACAUUGACGACGAGCGGUGGAAAGUUGAAGUCCUCGAAAACGACCUGACAAACCCAAAAAAUUCACACCGAUGGCGGCUUAUUAAACGGACCACUGCAGGAAGGGCAUUUCCUGCAGAGACAGAGAGCACACCGCAGGAUGUGAAUGGUACAACGCAAGCAUCUUUUGCGGUGCCCCGUCUCUGCGGUGGCGUGGAUGGUCCUUCUGAUGAGUUUUUACACCUUCAACAGCGUUGCCAAGAACUAGAGGAACGGGUAAAUGCUGUUAACGAACGUAUUCGAGAGAAGGAUCUCAUUUUGGAGGAGGUCACAGAACUUUCUUCUCGUCUUGGUGAACAGGCAAAGACCGGACGAGAGUUUACGCUGGCGCUUGCCAAGAAGGCGAAUUCUCACCACAGCAGUAUUCGGGCUAAAACUAGGCAGAUGAUGGCAACUGUUUCUGAACUCUCUAUUUUUCAGGCAUCCGCUAUUCAACUUCAACAGGAAGUGCAAAGACUGGAGGGACUUGUUGAGGAAGCGGAACGACUGAUGGAGCAAGGAGAGGCGCCAUUCGUUGAAGCAGAGGAGCUAUACUUACGAGAGGUGGAGGCCAGACAACGGUAUGCAAGCAUAAUACGACGGCGAAAGGAGGCGGAGGCAGAGGUGACAGCAGCCUCCAUGAAUUUUUUAACCACGGCAGAGCAGCGGCCAAACGCUUACAUCCCUGAUGAUGACUUAGGCGUGCCAAAACCAUAUGGCGCACUUGUUCCGUUUAAGCCCACACCGACCGUGCAGUCUUCACGAUUUUAUGGAAGACAGUUAGAAAGCUAUCAAUCCAGGGAAAUAACAGCUCGGCCGGGGAAUACGGAACUCUCGGUAGAUCAUGCCUGCAGAAGAAGGCUUUACGCUGUCAAAAAGCCUAACCAUUUGUCCGCGACGAAUUGA